UGUUGGCUGUGUCGUUGCUCACAUUCGGAACAUUUCAGUCAUCGUCGCUGGUCGUGUUUUCUCGCUUAACAAAAUAUUGGUGUCCGUGUGUCGCGCUCCGUAGUUGCUUUUCAUCUUUAGUGUUCCUCUUCAAUACAAUUCGUUGAAGUUGUAAUCAAAUAUUUAUUUUAUAAAAACUGAAAUAAGUGUACAAAAUAAACGGCAAAUCUGUUCAACUACAUAAAUUCUGCAGGUGGAAUGAACGACAAGCGAGUUACAAGUGCAUGAGAGUCAAACAUUUCUUGGAUGCAAUGGAGAAAAAAGUAUCAUAAUAAAAAGGCAAAUCUCCAAAGCAAAGGUAAAGUAGGAGUGUAAUAAAUGCCAAGAUGAACGACAAAGUGUAAAAUGAGAAAAAGUGCACUUUUUUAGGCCCUUUGCAAUGAACAAAUAUUAAAUAUCUUUGCAAAAAGCCGAAACGUGAAAACAAUUGAAAGAGUGAUUCGAGUGAAUUACUGAAAUUUUGUGGUGAAAAAGUGAAGAAGAAAAGUUUUAAUUAAAAUUUAACUAAAGGCCAUACAAAUAAAGCAAACACUGCAUAUUGCGUACAGUUUGAGAGGCACUGGCAGCGCUGUGUUCAGCAGUGGUUCGUUGUUCGUUAUUGUAUUAACCAAGCCAUUACAUGAGUUGCAUGAGUAAUUGUAUGCGUUGCCAAUAAGUUGCUGUUGUUGGCAGCAAAGUAGUAAAGUGUUGUGUUGACAAUCGGCAGUGCGUCCAAAAGCAACAACUAUUUUUACAACACUACUUGUGAGUGAUUAGUGCGAAGUUUUCAUAGCCAAAUUGCAAAGUGUGUAUACAUUUUUGUUUAGAAAUUAGAAAAUGACAAAUCGCUGAUGAAUUUCGGUGAGAUAGCGAGGCUACCAAAAUAAACCGCAACUUAUGGGUGUAUGAACAAUUACAUCAACAACAGCAACAAACCACAUAAACGUGCAGAACAUAAGUGAGGGGAGUGCAAACGUGCCUCUGCAGGCGAAAUUCUUGGCAUUCGCUGCAGUGCAGUGAGCAAAACGUAUAGCGAGCGAUCACGCGAUGCGUCAUUAUUUUAGCGGUGCGCGGCUUUGAGUAAUGUAACAGAAUUAGCGCGGCGUGCAAACGAAACGCGUGUGCGCAGUGUACAAAAUUAACGUUGACUAUUGCUAGGUAAAUUUAUUAACCACAAAGCAUCGUUAUAUCUACCAUAUAGAGUUUAUUGAGAUCAAAACCAGAACCAAAAAAGUUAAUAGUUCCGUAAAAGUGACCAAACUCGUAUUUAAAAUUUAAAAUAGGCAUAAUUAAUUUCCAUUAUACAAAUAAAGUGCAAAACAAUUCUUCACUAUGCCGGAAACACAUUAUGAUUGCAUUACAAAGGACUGCCUGCAGGCUGAAUUGCGCGCCAUAUCCUCUUCCUCACACCACAGCCACACCCACCACCCGCAUAUCACAUCGUUGCUAGGGCAAAAGCUAAUCCUUUUAGACUGUCGCAGCUCGCACGAAUUCAGCGAAUCGCACAUCCGUUCGGCGGUGAAUUUCUUCAUACCCAGCAUUAUGCUGCGACGUCUGGCGAAUGGCAAAAUCGAUUUGCUAUCAACAAUUAAAUCGACAGAUCUGAAAGAGCGCAUACAGAAUGGUUAUAAAGUGAGUCUGUUCAUUUUGUACAAUGAUGCCGGCAUGCAGGAGCAGCACCCGGCCGCAACGUCGUCCGGCGGUGGAGUUGGUGAAGUGGUGGCAGCGGAUGCUCUGAAUAUUCUGUAUCGCCGUUUGAAGCAAGACGGUUGCCGAGUGGUGGUGUUGCAAGAUGGUUUUUCAAGCUUCCGUCAGGCAUUUCCCGAGUGGUGUGAGGAUGACAGCGCACAAAACAAAGAAAUGGAAUCUAGUCACAGCACACAGGCCGAUCAAUUAAUGGGACUGAGAUCUUUGCGAAUAUCAACACCGCAUUCAGACUCCACCUGCAGUAGUUCCACGGAAUCUUCCGAUUGUGAGAGCUCCACACAUCACAAUAUCAAUGAGGCACCUGUGGAGAUCAUUCCAGGCCUAUUUCUCGGCAAUGAGUCGCAUAGUUGUGAUUCACGUGCAUUACAAAAGUACAAUAUUAAGUAUGUCUUAAACGUCACACCGGAUCUUCCAAACGUCUUCGAGUCCUCCGGCGAUAUUCAGUAUUUACAAAUUCCAAUAACUGAUCACUAUUCUCAAGAUCUGGCCAUGCAUUUUCCAGCUGCCAUCCGAUUUAUAGAAGAAGCACGCUCCAAUAACGCCGCCGUGCUUGUACACUGCCUUGCCGGUGUCUCCCGCUCGGUCACUGUGACGCUCGCCUAUCUCAUGAAGACGCGCACACUCAGCCUGAACGACGCAUUCACGCUGGUGCGCGACCGCAAACCAGACGUCGCACCCAACUUCCAUUUCAUGGAGCAGUUGCAUUCAUUCGAACGUAAACUGCGUCCAGCUGGCGACGUUAGCGGCGGCAAUGGUGACAAUGAGUGCACUGCCAUGGAUGAGAGUGGCGGUGGCAGUAGCGGCGUUAGUGUGCCCUCAUGCACCGCCCAGGCGAGUUUAGGCAGCACUUUGAUGGCCGGCCGCUGUGCUGGCGAUAUGGGUUCGAAAUUCGCAUGCAAUUGCAUAGCAACGGACUGCAAGUGUAUGCAGACGGGCGGCUAUAUGGCGCAACUGGCUAAGGCGGCGACCGGUGUGUCACCCGAUUCGGGUAUUGAAUUCGAUCGGUGGACGCCGACUAGCGAUACGGGCCUGAAAUGAGAUCAACUUGUGGGAAAAAGUUUCGUGUUGCCGCCGAGCAUUGUGGAGCCGCCAGUGGCGCACAACGCCGACAAUGUGUCACCAGCUUCGACUACCUCCUCCUCCACAUCGACAACAACCACGGCAGAGGCGGUGUCGGUGGUCGAAGUGGUGCCGAGCGUCGACGAACGAUAAAAGGCAGCGACGAGGCGUGCAGAAAGGGACACAGAGGCGGACACACUGCUAUUGGUCGUUGAGAUGGUGUGUCGUAAGCACGCGAAACUUUUUUCCUACAGGUCUGGUGGUGGAGCCAACAACAACAACAAAUGAAACUACAAAAGCAGCACAAACGCUGAGCCGAAGGCGGCUAAAUCGCAUAAACCAUACAAACAAACAUUUAUCACAAAGCAGCGACAUAAAUCUUGACAAUGUGAAUGAAAACAAUCGUGUCAUUUCAGUGAAGCUGCGACAAAAUAUAUACAUACCUAUGUUGUUUGCUAACCUUUUUUUAUAAAAAUUAGUCUAAAUAAUGAAUAUCGUUUUGUAUUUAAAUAUAAAAUUAAAUUUUAAAAAAUAUUUGCUUCCUUUUAUAUGUAAGUCGUAUAACUUUUUAGAUGGAAAUCAAAGAAAAUAGCACAAAUAACGGUUAUUUAGAGUUUAGCUGUACAAGUAUUUAUAAAAUACCAGCUUCGCACGCAUUACAUAACAUAUGCCAACAAAAAUCAUCGCAAACAUAUUAAAUAUAAAUAUAAGGUGAUCAACUGCAGAAGAAACAAAUAUUCGAAGAUAAAAAUAAUAAUGCAAGAGUAAUCUGUACCAAAAGCAUUCAAGCAUAAAUUUACAAAUGUUUAAUAUUUUCAUUUUUUUUUAUAAUUUUGUAUUCAAAUGAACUGUAACACAAAUCCCACAAUCUAGCUUAAGCCAGUAAUGUACGUAUAUACAUUGUUAUGUUAAGUUUUGUACGUAAUGUAGGCAAAAACUUCAUGCUAAUUAACGUCAGUAAGACACACAAAUUACAACAACAAAACAGAAUUCCUGAUUUAUGUCAAAGCUCAAGGAGCUGCAUUCACAAAAACACACACACACAUACAUAUAUAUAUAA